AUUUUUUUAGUUAAUGUUUUAUUUUUGUUUAUAAGAGAGAAGGAUACCCCUUUUCAAAGAGGGUGGAAAGCUCCUAAAAGUUUGUAACUUUCUAAAAAGUGAAUAAUUCCAGACUUUCCUUAUCUGCUCCGGCUGGACUUCCUUAUCCUGUUGGUGGGAAACCCACGUGACUUGCUUUCCAUUAGUCAUGGGUCCGAAACCUCUUUGGAGCCUCUAAUUGGCACUUGGGAGUCGGAGUGAAAUUGCUGGAGCUUCUCACACUGGUGGCUGCUGAGGUAGAAGAUUCUGGAAAAUCUCUCCCCUUGGGGACACAGGCUAAGCCUGAAGGAUUUCCAAGAUGACCAAGACUCCAGCCCCCAAGAAGAUGCAGAGUUCCCCCAACUCAGGGGCCCUCCGCGCCUUUAAUGCCUCAGAUCCCCCAGCACAGGUCCCAGAGAAGCCAGUGAAGAGCAUCCAGUAUAUGGAGAAGGAAAUAAUAAACCUCAAAAAAGACCUGAUGCGAAGCCGGUUCCUGAUCCGGUCUGUGAAGAUAGGUCGCGGGUACUUUGCCAUGCUGAGGGAGGAGAGUGCGCUGAAAAAGAGGCAACAGCAACUUCAGAAACUAAGAGAGGAAGAGGAACAUAAAUUCCAACCAGCCAAAAAGAUCUCAGAAAUCCAUUCCAGGGAUACUGUUUUGGCCACCUAUGACGAUGAGAAGAUGAAGAAGGCAGAGGGUGAACUCAUAUCCCGCCCAUUCACCCCCAAGUACAGCUGCCUCAUUUCACCUUUGCUACCUGAGUCCCACGUGGAACCCCUCUUCCGCCAGCUGUGCGCCCUCCACUGGCUUCUGGAGGCCCUGACUAUCGACCACACCCACCACACCAUGAAGCCCUUGAUCACCUGCUGGAACACAAAGGACCCAGGUGGAAGCAAGAGCACAAUAAAAAAAAUCACUAAGGACAAGUCCAUGGGACAGCGGUGGGAGCACUUCCUCUCGGCACCCAAGACCAAGAAAUUCAAAACUCCUACACAGCGUGCCACGAGUCGCAAACCAAGCCGGCGAGGCUCGGUACUCAGCCUGUCUCGGGCCAGUGCAGGGUCAUCUCCCCUGAGCAGCAUGAUCUCCAUGAACCCUGGCUCGGAUGAGCCCCCGAGCGUGACUGUCCAGGCAGCAGGCAACAAGGACAUCGAGGACACGGAGUCGUCUUCCACCAGGCCAGACGAGGAUCUCCACAUCAGUCUGCAGAAGCUCCUGGAGAUGGUUCGGGAGGAAGCCCGGAGGACGAUCAUGAUGGACAGCGAGGUGCAAAAAAAAGCACCCAGUAUCUCAUCAAUGUUGAAACAAACCAAGAGCGAUUCUGCCUAUAAAGACAUGCAGAUGACCCUCAAAUCCAGUGACAGGUCCAGCAGUACAAGUGGAGAAACCCACAGCCAACCAAUCCAGAAGAGGUCUAAAAGCCGCACCUACCAUGACCUCAUCCACUGCAAGACGAGUGUGUGUACCACCAUGAGGGCCAAGUUCUACAGCGUGGCCCAGGAGGCCGGCUUCUGUCUGCAGGACAAGAUGGAAAUCCUCAUGAAGCGCCAGGAAGAGAGAGGUCUCCAGAAGUUCCAUUCUUUUGUCCUCGUCUCAAAUUUUCAAAAGGACAUAGCAAAAAUGAGACAUAAAGUCUCCAUGGUAAAAGGAGAUGCGGAAGAAAUCGCAGACCACUGGUACUUUGAUCUUCUGUCCAAACUCCCUGAAGAUCUGAAGAAUUUCCGCCCCGCCAAAAAGAUCCUGGCAAAACUGCAGAAGUUCGGGGAAAACCUGGACCUGAGAAUCAGGCCCCACGUCCUCCUGAAAGUGCUACAGGAUCUGAGGACCUGGGAACUGUGCUCCCCAGACGUCGCCGUGGCUAUCGAGUUUGUGCGAGAACACAUUAUCCAUAUGCCUCAAGAGGAUUAUAUCAACUGGCUGCAGACGCGGAUCAACGUUCCCACCCGGCCCCAGACUGCCCGGACAUAGUCUGGGCCGGGUCGGCCAGCUGUCCUGGUGGAGGAGGGCUAGUGGACACUGUGCUCCUGCUUCCUGUGGAUACUCGUGAUAUAGCAGGACCACCUGGAGACUGACUUCUGGCAAAGUAGAAACUCCCCUCACCCUCCCACCCCAGUCCAACCUUCCAGUCUCUGCUCCUCACUGACCCAGCCUGACUCUACCACUCCCUUCCAGAUCCCUGCACUGUAUUCUCAAAUUCCACAUAAUAAAAUUGAGCUGAAUGUUUGA